AUGUCCUUCAAAAACGCUACAUUUUCGCAGGUGCUCGAUGAUCUGUCUGCACGGUUCAUUUUAAAUUUGCCGGCUGAAGAACAAAGCAGUGUCGAAAGGCUUUGUUUUCAGAUUGAACAAGCACAUUGGUUUUACGAAGAUUUUAUUCGGGCACAGAACGAUCAGCUACCAUCUUUAGGUUUACGCGUCUUCAGCGCUAGAUUAUUCGCCCAUUGUCCCUUAUUAUGGAAAUGGAGUAAAGUACAUGAAGAAGCUUUUGAUGAUUUUUUACGCUAUAAAACCAGAAUUCCUGUCCGAGGAGCAAUCAUGCUCGAUAAGUCCUUACAGCGCUGUCUUCUUGUUAAAGGAUGGAAAGCCUCUUCUGGGUGGGGAUUUCCUAAAGGAAAAAUCGAUAAAGACGAAUCAGAUGUUGAUUGUGCUGUUCGUGAGGUUUAUGAAGAAACUGGCUUUGAUUUAACAGGCCAUAUUAAUUCUAAUGAAUAUAUCGAUAUGACAAUCCGUGGACAAAACGUCCGUUUGUAUAUUAUCCCAGAGAUGUCUCUUGAUACAGCGUUUGAAUCGAGAACACGCAAAGAAAUUAGCAAAAUCGAAUGGCAUAUGUUGACCGAUUUGCCCACGUACAAAAAGUCCAAAACGGAUACGGUAAAAAAUAAGUUCUACAUGGUUAUUCCCUUUUUGGCUCCUCUUAAAAAGUGGAUUAAGAAGCGUAAUGUCGCUACCAAGACUACGAAAGAACAAGGAAUCUCCGUUGACGUUGACGCCGACGCUUCUUCCCAACUUCUCACUCUUUUGAAAUCAUCCACGGCUCCUAACGUUAAUUCCCUUCCUAUUUCGCAACCAGUGGAACAGCAGGCUGUUCCCCAACUUCCUCCAGUUGACAUCAAACAAAAAAUCCUUACUUUACUCAAUGGAAACUUUGAACCUAAACAGCCCCUUCCAAUUUUGCCAGUCUCGUCUCUUCCUCAACAACCUCCUCGUCAAGUAGAUAAUCCCUGGUUAAAUGGACCUUCUCUUUAUGGGUUCGAUCCAUUUGCCUAUCUCGGUUUAGAUCCCCAAAAUCCCUCCGAAUCUUUUCCAAGAGUUGCAGCAUCAGGUCCACCUCCUCCGAACGUCGCUUCUAAUUUGCAAUUUCCCGAUUCUGUCAAUUAUCCUUCCCCUCCGCAACCAUAUUUGGAGCAUCGUAAUCCUUAUGUUCAAAACAGAGAAAAUUUCAGUCCCGAAGCGGCCAUGCCUUCUCCGAUGGAUCUUCCUUCUCCUAAAACCGUUUAUCAUGAAGUUUUUCAUCCACCCUCUACUACGUCCGUUCAAAGUUUUCAACCUGAGCAGAUGCGUGAAGUUUACAAUGAUACUCAUCCAAAAUUGAACAUACAGAAUCCUCCUUAUACGAACCAUACAGUUGAUCCUUUUGCAGUUAUCCAACAGCAGCAACAACCUAUAAAUAAUGUACAUGACGAACCUACCGUAAACCGAUUGCAAAACAAUGCUUCUUCUAGGAAACUUCUUGAUAUGAUAUCAUCUCCAAAGCCAGCUCGUUCUUUACCAGCUUCUCGAGAUGGUUCUUCUCAGAAGUUGGUUAACAUUCUGUUAGGGACAGAUAAUUCCGACGUGAACGGUAGUAUCCCAAAUAAAACUGAAACGGUUCAUAAGCCUAUUGUUUCCAACCCCCCUGCUCAACCAUCGUCUCAUUCUGAACAUCUGCUUCAAGCAUUGUUGAACCCAACAUCCUUCGCCAAACCUUCUUCUGCCGCUGAGAAGAACGAGCCUGGUAACCAGCCUUUAGAAGCAAAACCAUUACCAAAACCAAAAAGCACAAUUCCUCAAUCGGAUGCCUCAGACAAACCCAAGAGCGUUGAGUUUACUAGAGUUGAAAAUACGGAAGCUCUGAAAAACGUUCUGUUGGGAAGAUCGAUUCAGCCAACAACCGCUGAUUCUAAGGAGGUGAUGACCGAACACGGAAUAAAAACUGAUGGCUCUACUCAGAAACCUGCCACACCAGGAUUUUUCCCCGGUUCUGUGAAGAUCCUUAAGCGAGCUCCAUCUGCGGAACUUGAAGGAAAGAAUCAUCCAACGGUUGGAAAAUCAUCUGAUGAAUAUUUCCUUUCUUACCUGCAAGAUGUAGUGAGAAACCAAAAAAGAACUUAG